AUAACGCAGGGGCCGGAGCCAGCAGAUACAGACAGCGCCGGGGGAGAGGGGGGAAGAGACCCGCUCUCCGCCCCCCGCUAGCCCUCCCCCCCCGCAGGCUGACAAAGGCAGCAGGGAGGGGUGGGGGGGUAGCAGGAGCUCUCCUCCCCCCCCGCCGGCAGGAGCCCCUGGCUGCAGCUGUUCCCAGCCCCCCUCCUGGCCCAGGGGAGGGGGGUGCCGGGGUUUGCAUGCGCACAGCUGGCGGGGAGCUGCAUUGCACGGGGGGGAUUUGUCGGGGGACCCCCCCCCCGCCUGGUGUGGGUCUCUGCGCCCGGGCUCCCGGGCGCUGCUGGAUGCGUGGCCAGGAUGCCAGGCGGGUGCGAGGCAGGGACAGGUGUGAGGGGGAGCAGGAGGAGCGCCGCCCCUUAAAGGAAAGAGCCGCUCCGAGUUGCACGCUGCAGACAGCUCCAGCCUGGCUCCCGGGAGCCGCCGGCACGGUGUGAAGGGCGCCCGUCCCUUCCGGAGACCAUGACUCCGCCUUGUGCUCUGCUCAUCCUGCUGCUGCUGCUGGAGGGGGCGGCCGACGCCGCGUUCCCUGAAGAGCCCGGGCCCAUUAGCGUGGCCCCCGGAGACUAUGUGAAGCACUACUCGGUCUUCGUGGGCAGCGGGCUGAGCCACUUCUCCAGCCUGGACGGCAGCGGGGCAGAGAGACUCAACAUCCAGCGCAUGUUGAAGGUCAACAGGACUCUGUACAUCGGUGACAGAGAUAACCUGUACCGGGUGAGCCUGGAGCCUGCCACAGCCAGCGAGAUGCGCUACCAGCGGAAAUUGACGUGGGGGUCGAACCCGCACGACAUCAGCAUCUGCCGGAUGAAGGGGAAGCAUGAGGCAGAGUGCCGCAACUUCAUCAAGGUACUGCUGGUGAGAAACGAGAGCACGCUCUUCGUGUGUGGGACCAAUGCCUUCAACCCCAUCUGCGCCAACUACAGCAUGGACACCUUGGAGCCCAUUGGAGACAGCAUCAGCGGCAUGGCCCGGUGCCCCUACGAUCCCAAACAUGCCAAUGUCGCCCUCUUCACAGGCGGGAUGCUGUUCACAGCCACGGUGACGGAUUUCCUGGCAAUCGACACGGUGAUCUACCGGAGCCUGGGGGACGGCCCCACUCUGCGCACCGUCAAGCAUGACUCCAAGUGGUUCAAAGAGCCCUACUUUGUCCACGCUGUGGAGUGGAAGAGUCACGUCUAUUUCUUCUUCCGGGAGAUCGCCAUGGAGUUUAACUACCUGGAAAAGGUGGUGGUGUCCCGGGUGGCGCGGGUGUGUAAGAACGACAAGGGCGGCUCGCAGCGCGUGCUGGAGAAACAGUGGACGUCCUUCCUCAAGGCCCGGCUGAACUGCUCCGUGCCGGGAGACUCGCACUUCUACUUCAACGUCAUCCAGUCGGUGACAGACAUCCUGUACCUGGACGGGCGGCCCGUGGUGCUGGCUGUCUUCUCCACACCCUCCAACAGCAUCCCCGGCUCAGCGGUCUGCGCCUUCGACAUGGCACAGGUGGCGUCUGUCUUUGAGGGGCGCUUCCGGGAGCAGAAAUCCCCCGAGUCCAUCUGGACUCCCGUGCCGGAGGAGAUGGUGCCGAAGCCGCGGCCCGGGUGCUGCGCAGCCCCCGGCAUGCGCUAUAAUUCCUCCAGCUCCUUCCCGGACGAGAUCCUCAACUUCGUGAAGACGCAUCCCCUGAUGGACGAGUCAGUGCCCUCCCUUGGCCACGCCCCGUGGAUCAUCCGCAGCAUGACUCGGUAUCAGCUCCGUAAAAUCGUGGUGGACAGUGCAGCGGGGCCCUGGGGCAACUGCACCGUGGUCUUCCUGGGCUCCAACACCGGCACCGUCCUCAAGUUCCUGAUCAAGCCCAACAGCAGUGCCAGCCCCGCAGCCGUCAGCGCCGGGAGCCAGAGCCUGCUCCUGGAGGAGUUCGAGACCUACCACCCCGGCAGGUGUGGCCGAGACAACGAGGACGAAAGGAAGCUCUUGGGCAUGGAGCUGGACAAAGCUACGGGGUCCUUACUGCUGGCCUUCCCCCCGUGCGUGGUGAGGGUGCCCACUGCCCGAUGCCAGCAGCACUCGGGCUGCAUGAAGAACUGCCUCGGGAGCCGGGACCCCUACUGCGGCUGGACCCCCGAGGGCUCCUGCAUCUUCCUGGAAACCAGCACCAGGGCUGUGUUCGAACAGGACAUCGCCGGAGGCAGCACCUCGCACCUCGGGGAGUGUGAGGGGCUGGUGACGGAGAGCUUCGUGGAGGAGCCAGACGGGCUGGUCUCCGUGAAUCUGCUGGUGAUCUCCUCCGUGGCUGCCUUCGUCAUCGGGGCGGUGAUCUCCGGCUUCAGCGUGUGCUGGUUCAUCGGGCACCGGGACCGCAAGGAGCUGGCGCGCCGCAAGGACAAAGAGAACAUCCUGGCACACAGCGAGUCGGUGGUGAGCGUCAGCCGGCUGGGCGAGCGCCGCGCCCGUGGGGGCCAGCCCGAGAACCUCCUGGCCCCGCUGAUGCAGAACGGCUGGCCCAAGGGGCUCAUCAAGGUGAGCCAGCACGACCUGGACUCGGGGGUGCUGCCCACCCCCGAGCAGACCCCCCUCCAGCAGAAGCGCUGCCCCAGCAACCUCAAGAACUGCAGCUGGGAGCAGAGCCACAAUCUCAUCAACGCCUCCAUCCGCGAGCCGCCCUGCGCGGGCUCCUCCGUCAUCCUGCUGCACUCCAGCCACGCCCAGAUGCCCCACCACCUCCGGGCCGGGCGCGUCAUCCCCAUCUGCCACUCCAUGCUCAUGGACCAAGAGCUGGAGGACGAGGCGAGCGACUCCUCCGUGGACAUGCACUACCUGCCGGUGAGCGGGGCGCGGGAGCGGGGCGAGGGGCCGAGGGGCCAGCAGCAGCCGCCCCCUUCCCACCGGCCCGGCUUGGGCAGGAGCUCCUGCGGCGAGUUCCCCGUCACGCCGCACGACAGCCCGGACCGGCGCCGGGUGGUGUCGGCGCCAAGCGGGGAGGCCGGGGACAGCAGCCACUGGAACCCUGACAAGCUGAAUUUCAACAGCAACAACGCCGCCAGGCAGGCAGCCGCCCACCUCAAGAGGAACCACACGUUCAACAGCGCGGAGAACCCGGGGGUGUACAGCCGGCAUGCCGGGCCCCCGCAGGCCCCCACGCUGGGCAGCCAGCACACCCUCACGGACCUCAGCCAGCUCCUCAAGUACGGCAUCGAGCGGACUCCCUCGGUCAAAUAGGAGCCGGCCGGGGAGGGGGUGUGGUUUGGUUUUAUAGCCUCCUCUUUGGGGCGGGGUUUCAGCAGAGGGGGCGGAGCCUAGGGAGCCUCACUCCCGUCCAGGGAGACACGCCCCAGACCCAGGUGUCUCCAGCGAAUGACUGUAGGGGGCGCCGGAGAGGAGCCGGUUGUGGGCGGGAGGGGGGAGUGUCUCUGCGUUUCGUCUGGCAGCUGGUGCUUCCGCACUGGACUCUUCUCCAUGAACCUGCCCCACUCGCGCCUUCUUUUUGGUGGGACCUAGGCAGGAUUGGGGCCCCUCCAAGCAGGAUUUCGUCAUCACCAUAGAUAUAACAAAGCAGCGCGAGGGGGUGGAGGGCAGCUGGCUGGACAAGGCCCCGGUGAACCUGGGCCCCCCACCCCGCCCGGCUUGUCGCCUCCUCGUUUUUGUACUGUAAAUGGUGGGGGUGUUGAGGUCUUCUUGCUCCUUGACACCCCCGGUGCAGAGCAGCCUCCCUAGGAUCUCAGAGUUCUCUUUCCUUUGGGAGGGGCCAAAGCCACAGCUCUCCUCUGUUCCCCCCACCUGACACAGCCAGUGCCCAAAAUCUCCUUCUGCCUCUUGCUGGGAGGGCACAGGGCCUGGGUACCCCUGGCAAGGGUUGGGCCCGUUCCUCCACUUGCGGUGGGCAGCACCCCUUCUGCCCUGCUCUGUUGGGGCAAGACCCCCUCUGUCUAUCCCAGGACAGGGCUUCGGGCCGCGACCUCCAGGGAAUCCAGCCGGUUGGCUCCCCGCCAGCUUGGCUAGCACUAGGAUUUGACGUGGUGGCAGUGGCCGCUCCACUGGUGGACCAGCAAAGAGGGGGGAGGACCACUGGGGUGUUUUUUUCCUGCCUGGCUGGGGCCGAUCUGUCCCGGCUCCCCAAUGGCCCGUCCGGUUGCCUCUCUGCAGACAGACCAGCACUUUACCCGUCACCCCUGCCGGGCAGAUGCCAACGGAUGGCAUUGGGCUGACACUGCAGCAAGGGUGCCGCUACGCUCCCCAAAACCACCCAUCCUCCUUCCCUUCGGCAUUUCCUGAUACUGCCCCCCCCCCCCACCGGCCCCUCCGCAACCCUAAGGAGGCGCCUCUGAACUGGCUGGUGAAACGGUUCCCAGCUGCCUCCCCACAGCCGCGCGGUGCCGCUGCCGGCUCCAUUGCCCCCGUGCCUUGAUGCAGUCGGUCACAUGGCACCCGAUUCCAGCAGGAGCUGACUGCGGAGGGGGGAGCAAAGGAUUGGCACAACCAUAGCCUUGGGGACUGUGGAUUCUCCCGGGGAGACAGGAAGCAAAGGUGUCUGUCUCUGGAACAAUAGGAAGCACAAUCUUUUUGUCCUUGUUUUAAA